AUGUCUUCCUGCUUCCCAUUUCGAAGGAAGAGGGAUUCGGAGACGACGCCACUGCUCCCCCAGUAUAAUGACAGUACUAUUCUUCAGCGGAGAAUCUAUCAGAAACUUCAUUCUUAUCAGAUGGUUCGAGCACUAGGAAUGGGAUAUAUGCCGUCUACCGACCAACUGGUAGUUAAUAUCCAAACCCUCAUUGCCUCCGAUGCCCUCAAUCCGGAUGCACCCGGACUAAAUAGAAGCAGCUGGCUGCUGCUGAAGUAUUUGAAGCAAUGGCUGUAUGAUUUUAUUGAGAUGUUACGCAACAAGAGUGAUCAGGACCAGAUCCAAGAUUUUAUUUGGGCGGCAUCUCGUGCAAAGAUUUCCCUUGAUUCGGACGAUGUUAUCCGGGCCGCUACAAGCACAAAUGUCCGUCUAGAUGCCUCUAAUGCAUACGAGAGUAUCAAGACCAUAGGAAGUUUACUUCUAACAAACUCGGAUUUCAGGAUGUUUCUUCAAGACUUAAAUGUGCUUGGGCGUCAAGUACUUGCAGACACAGCGAAUGAGCUCUCUGAGGCUGCGGAAAUCGCAGCGGCGCAGAUUGAGCCACCAGACUCGCAAUCACAGGCGUUGAAAGAACCGGGAAACGAAGAAUGGCCAGUUCCGACGAUGGGUGACCUUCUUGGCGAGACUACUGAGAUCACUGAUUCAGUUGUCGACGGCGUUAAGUCCACCGGACAAGCAACUGAAAAUAGCUUGAAAGAUAAACUCAGCGGGGAAGAAAAAGAUAGCUUGCUAUUUCGGCUGAAAUCCGCGGUAACAAAGCUUAGGAAAAGAAAUGAUUACUCGAAAUCAGUCUCUAUGAUAGGGCUUCUAAUUAAACGCCAUGCAAAAAUAUACUCCCGUGCUGCGGAUGAAACCAUUGGUACAUUACAGGACGAUGUUGAGACCAAUGAGGAGCUCGAUCGAGCCGUAAGGCUUGGCUGGCAGCUCUUGAGAUCGUUUGGCAAAAAGGAAGCCUGGGAUGAGCUUGAGAGGCGGUUUAAGAAAGUGGUUGGACAUGCACAGACGGAUUCAGAAUUCGAGAGUCUUAUGGGCGACAUAGCAUCAUCCAUCCAAGAUAUAUUAAUGAACCCAGGCUUCUUUGAGUCAUCUACUUCCAGGAAUGGAGAUGCAAAAUGGAAUCACACAGGAAGUACAAUACUUUCCCCUCUACGACGAGAUAUAGAUCGGUUAUUGGAGCAGGCCAGACUUACUUGCGAGACGGUCGCCGAUGACGAUGAUAUCUCUAAAAUUAUCAGGAAUAGUCUCCGUGUAUCCGCUAUUCUUUCGCCCGUACAGGGUGGAACUAACGAUGAACUUCUCGUGGACACAUACAGCGUCUUUGUACCCCUUCUGAUCCAGGCGAUUCAAUAUAUUCCGAUACCACGACUUGAAGUGUCAGCACCGGCGAUCGACCUCCUCUUUGAAAAUUUGAUUCUGGAGCCUGGGCGAACCAUCAACCAUACUUCAUUUUUGCCAUUCAAACUGAAUAUAAAUACGAAUAACGACCUUACUAUUCGCAAAGCUCGGUAUCGCACAAUCUCCAGUCUAACAACCCUUGUGACAGUAAACCUACAAGGGUUGUCAAUACGGGCAGAUGAAGUAGGGUUCUGGCUGCGUGCCCAUAAAGGUUUACUCAGGCUCGCCGACGAAGGCAUUGCCUCUUUGGAGCUUGACGACCGCGGCAUCGAUAUUGCAAUAGACUUCGAAAUUGGGAAAGGCCACAUUGAGAAAAUUCUCUCUCUGCGAAACGUCAAAGUCAAGAUCCACCAUCUCAACUACUCCUUACGCAGGUCCAAGUUUGCAUGUCUGGCGUGGAUUUUUAAGCCGAUUGUUCGCCGUAUCAUUCGGAAAGUUCUCGAGCGCAAGUUAAGUAGUGCAAUUGAGGAUGGAAUACACGCAGCAAAUCGAGAACUCUUGUAUGCACGUGAACGUCUCAGAGCAACUAGGAUUUCGGACCCUAAAGACCUCCAUACCUUUGUUCGGGCCAUAAUUACUCGACUCGUUCCAGAGGAAGACCCAGAUUUGUACACCAAUAUCGGAGUUGUCGGAGGGGCCAAUGAGCUGGGUAAUGUCUUCGCUGGUGUCUAUGCACCGGGCAGUAUUGUAAAACUGUGGAAGGAAGAAGCACGGGAAGCGGCCCAGAGAGUUGAAGACAACGAAGUAAAGGGCUGGAGAAAUGAGAUAUUCGAUGUGCAAGCUGGACCUAUAGCAUAG